AGCAAUCAUUGUGAAGCGCAUUUGAUUGCGGCCACCACCGAAAUUGAGGCGCUAAAGCAGGCUUUACUUGAUAAACACAAUCAAAUAGUAGCCAUGGAAACGGCAUGUAUACAGGAUACGGAACGUCAACUUGAAUUGGAGGACAGUGUAAUUGCGUGGCAAGAUAAAUAUGAUCGUUUGUAUGAGUCGCAUAAGCGAGUGCAAAAGGUAAACCAAAGCUUGGAGGAUAAGCUAUUAAAAUUGGUGGAUCGAAAUACUGGCGAGCGAGCGCAAUUGACCAGCGAUGUGGCAACGUUGAGUGUACGUUUGGCACAGGCGAAUUUCAAUAUAGCCAAGUUGCAGCGAGAAAUUGAACGCUACAAGUCUGAUAUAAAUUUAGCGAUACAACUGUUGCAAUGCAAACCGGAUAGUUUUAUGUCACAGAAAGUAUCAUCGCUACCCAUCGACAUUCAAUCGAAAGUAUCAGCCUACAUGCGCCUGGAGACAAAUUCACAUUCCGAUUCGGAGGGCAGCACUAGCGGUGUGGGUACCGCCACCACAGCUUCCUACAAAGUACUUCCAGCAUCGGAUUCACCACCGCCAACAGCGUGCCCCUUCCCGCCCACAGCAAUGGUAUACUCAAUGCGGGGGCUUGGUAAGUACGCCAAGCGCAAUUCAACAGAUUCCAAUAUGAAUCUCAGCAAUAAUAAUAACAACAUUGACAAUGGCAAUAACGAAAACAAUAAUAUCAAAGAGCCACUACUUAAUAAUAACAUAACAGCCACCAAUAACAAUGCCUGCGAAUCGUCCAACACCGAACUGAAUACUGACGUCAUAGCAAAUGGCAACAAUAAUACAAAUACAACAACAAAUUCAUCACCCCUUAGUAAUGGCGAUUCAAAUGAUCCCGAUAUGAUUUCACCCAUUAUUAUGGCCAAGUUCCUGGAGGAUGAACUGAAAGCGAGUGAAGUGAAACACUGUGACACUUGUCAAUGCUCCAAGCAGGAUCUAACGGUGUUGGCUGAUGUGUCGCGCUCCUAUACAGUCUCCACGCAAACACCUUAUCAACUGCCGCUUAGUGGCGGCGGCGGCAAUCUCAGUGAACCGCUCACACAAUUGUGCCUACGUUGUCACAGCAAUUUGAAUUCACCUUCACGCACCAAUAGCCCCUAUCUAAUGAAAUUGGUUAAGUCCAGCGAUUCUGUGAUCUCGGAAACGAAAAGCUCCGUAUCGGAUCUCAAUGAUAUGGAUAAAUUGUUUACGCCGGCCAAGAAGGAUGACUUGAUGGUGAAUCCCAUAUUGGGGCAUCAUCGUUUGUGUGAUCGCACGGCGGGUAGUGGCGCUUUGCAACACCAAAAUAGCAUCGCCGCUGCAAAGUUGAGCACCACACUACUUUAUCCCACCACACAUUUGGGUACAUAUGGCACUGAGAAGUAUUUGUUGGAGACGAAUAGCCCGGCAACGGGGGUUACACAAAUGAAAACUAGUUAUCAGCGACGAUUUCUGGAAGGUGGUGGCACAGCGUUGGAGUUGCUUAAUGGCGUUGUCAGCACAGUUGGUUCGAACGCAAUGCAAAAUGUUGCGAAAAAGCCAGAAGAGCAAAGUACACCAAAGUCAAUUGGCAAUGAUGAGCUGGACGAUGAGGCCAAGCCGUUGCUCAGUGGCUGUUCACAAAGUAAUUUGCUGGAUUACGAGAGACUUAAAAGUAGUGCUGGCAUUGAGUUGGCUGAGUCUGCGAUGGAACAACAAAUUAAAUCGCCAGCGAGUGUUUGCGGUGGCAACGAUGCUAAGCAGAGUCUGAUGAAGUCAGCCAUUACGGGUAGCGUAAAUAGCCUGUGGAGUAGAACGAGCAGUUGUGAGGGUGCAAAGAUGUUCGAGACUUUUAAUAGGAAUUUGAUUAAAACUAUUAAGGCUGAAAAUCCCAAAAACCGCGGUCCUCGCCUCUGCGCGAUGCGUAUACAGCAGAAUGGACAGAGCAACAUACUACUCGACAACAUUGAGUCCAUGGAGGCGGUAACACCUGUAAUUUAUAAGCGGCGGGAGCGUCUGUUAGACGAAGAGUUGGACGACACUAAGGAUAUAAUAACCUCGAAUGCGACAAGUGUGCAAGUGAGCAUUGAAAGAGCAUCGGAGAUUAAUCAAGACGUGAUUGUGGUAAUAGCAGAGGGUGCAACGGGGGAGGAAGAAAAAUUGGUGGACACAAUGAGCAUACAAACAGAGGUAUCAGAAAGAAAUACAAAUUCUCAAUCGCAGCUUAAUGAAAAUGCGCAAGAAUGUGCUUUGACUGUAAAGGAAGUGGGUGAUGCAGUAACCGAUAGGUUAUGUGGCGGAGGAGUAGAGAUAGAAAACGCUGCUGCGGACAAUGUGAAUGGCGCAACAGCAGCGCUUAUAAAUUUAUUGGAAGCGCCCACCGCACAAAGAGAUUCUACCAAUGCAGUUGCAAGCUUGGAUGGUGUCAACGUCAGAGCUGUGGAAAAGGAAUUUGACAAACGUUCGUUGAGCAAUCAAAAAUCUACUCUAAGUCAGCCCACCAGUGCGCUGGACGUUGCGCUGACACAAGCCGCCGCUGCCACAGCGGCAACCACAACCACUGGCAGCAAUAAUAUGCGCCUUGAUGCACAAAGGUGUGCGCAGGCGCAAAAGCCGAAGCAUGCAGGCGCAUAUUACUCGCUACAAAAUGAGUCCAGCUCCAGAAAUUCACACAAUUCCAAGUCUUGUACACAAUCUAGUUCCGUCAGCGAUGCCAUUGACUUUCAAGAGAGCAUCAUACUGCGACGACAACAGCUCAAUCGUGUUGCCGAAUGGGUGCAGAGCAACACGCAGCAGCUGGAGCAACAACAACAACAGCAGCAGCAGCAACGUGUGCAGCAGCAGCAGACGCCAAGUUCUGCUAACAACUGUGACUCGUCGGGCGGCACAGAUCGACAGUCCUCCUUUUCGACGCUCGACCAACUCGACUCCGUCUCAAUGGAGAAACUCUCUAUGGAUUCGGGCUAUAAGACUACACCACAACCGCACACGAAUGGCUACCAUCAGACAUUGGAUGAUGCGAAUAAAUCUACCGAAGACUCACUCUCGCCCAAGACCGACACUAAUUCUAGUCUCAACAACAACAACAAUUGCAAAAAUAGCUCCCACUUCAAUCACUACCCAACGAGUAGCUACAAUCAAGCCGCGCCAGCGCAAACCUACACCGCAAACACUUAUUACCGCCGCACAACACGCUCUGGCCUGCCGGUGCCCUAUUCCAGCCCGGAUCCAAAUCAAUCGUCCGCCGCUGAGGCGUUCUUAAAUAACUACAACAACAUCAACAACAACAAUAGCGCUUGCAGCACAACGCCAAUGCUGCCAGAGCAGCCAACUUGUGAUAUACUCAACUAUAAGUACUACCCCAGUGAUACGGAUAAGACGCGCGCCAUUAGCGCCGAGCUGCACACAACCACACAACAUGUGGACAUCGCUCAGAUGGAGUACAAUGUGAAACAAUUUUUGCUCAAACAGAACGAAUGGUCUAUGCGCGCUGGCGCAACACGCGGUGGUCGCAGCGGCAUGCACACGUCCGUCUCGAACCUGAGUAGCGCCAAUUCGCAGGUGACGCUCAGCAGCCAACGUACGCAGGCGACAGCGAAAACUUUACGGCACUUGAAACUUUUUAGUGGCGUCCGUGUGGGACCGGGUGUGGGCGCAAGAGUGCAACCAGCUAGUGUGAAGGAUGCAGCAGCGAUGACUGGAACUGCUACGACUAACAGCCGGAAUGAACGCGAGCUCAAAGCGAAGUUGACUUCAAGCUGCGGUGAUGGCGUGACAGCAGCGCUGGGGUUGAGCGCCAUGCCACAAAGGACUGAAACGAAUUUAUAAGCAAAUUUAGAUAUUUAAUUAAGAUAAAUUACUACAGCUUAAGCUCAAUAAUUGCAUACACACACACACAGACAUGCACACAUACACACAUCUAUACAUACAUAGGUAUAUAUGUAUGUAGUUAUAUAUAUGUAGUGAUAAUGUCCAACGGAAGGGUGAGGUAUUCGAAAUGGCAAAGGAAUUGUAACAGAGCUUAGAAGCUUUGAAGCUGCAAAUAUAUGUAUGUAUAUUAAUUCAACUCAUUUUUAUAAUCAAUACUUAAAUGAAACGAAAUAAAUACUCGAUUUAUGAAUGAAAUGUAAAGCCAGUCUAAAAGCCAGCAAAAAAUAUUAUGAAAAUAAAAGAUGUGUACCGUAAAUGUAUUUACUUUAAAUAUCUAAAAGGAUAUGAGCUUCAGCAGCUGCUUGUAUGUACGUGGGUAGAUAUAUAUAUAUAUAGCACUGACGUUUAGCAUAAAUUGCGCUUGCCAUAAAAAGUAAAAUU